CGUGGGUGACUUGAUUGCGUGCCCACUUCUGGCUCCAAAAAUAUCCCCCUUGCGUUGCAGGGGCUAUAAUAUCCCGUGGCUACAUAUUCAGACCACGCCAUGAAUUGACAACUUGAGAAUUCGAGCGGUCCCUUCGAAGCAAACGGCAUGUCAAUAAUUUAAACUUCGCUAUUGUAGCUUACAAGAAUUGGACAUCAAAAGGUUUUGAUUUGGAUAUCUACGAUUACGCGCAAUCACUGGAUGAUCAAGAUAAUACUAGGCUGAAUCAAGCGACUUCGGCAGAAUGGCUACUCGGAAUUAUCUUUGGCAAAGUGAUAGGCUACCUCACGUUCAGUCAAACCGGAGAUUGACUUCAGUUCCCCUGGACUUGCCGUGAUGGAAGUCGAACGUCUCCUUUUCACCGGGAAAAUGAUCAUUAGCCAUGCUGACGAAGUUUGGCCAAAACUUUACAUUGGGGAUUAUGAUAGUGCAGAAAAUCGCAGUGAACUCACGGCCCGUGGCUUCACCCAUAUUGUGAACUGCGCACACUCGUCCAGGCGUGGUGGGCCCGACUACUACAGGGGCAUGAACAUGACAUACCUCGGGAUCGAAGGCCGCGAUUCUCCUGACUACGACAUGAGCGCAAACUUCAACACUGCUGCUGAAUUCAUUCACAAGGCCCUCAAUGGAGGAGGUAAAGUCCUGGUCCAUUGCCAUGUAGGUGUGAGUCGCUCAGCUACAGUGGUCCUGGCUUACUUGAUGCUAAAACAUCACAUGACCCUGGUGGAAGCCAUCACCACUGUGAAGGAGGGCCGUGGGAUCAUCCCCAACCGUGGCUUUCUACGACAGCUAAUCAAUCUGCAGAUCCAGCUCUAUGGCAAAAAUAGCCACUAAAACAAGACAUACAAGAUUAAGUUCAUGGGAAUUUAAACUAUAGCCUAAGUAUGGAUGUUAAUUUCUAAAUUGAGUGGGACUUGGAGCUGCAUUUCGGGAUACUGACAUGCAAGAAACUAAUGAACAUACGAUCCAUACUGACUGGGACUUUUGGAAGUCCUUGUUCCUGCAGAAGUGUCAUGGACUAGUUUUUUUUUUAUUAUUAUUAUUAUUA